AUGGAGCCAACCAACGAUGCCACCAUGGAGGAAAGGCCAGCCCUGGAUCCCACCCCUGGUCUGGGACAUCCACACGAUGAUAUUCCACCUACAUCUAACGAGACUGGAAGUCGACCUCGAGAGCACUCCGAACCAGUUCCUCAGCCACAAGAGGAUACGGUUAUCGAGGAAACCCCAGACGCAGAUGAUGAAGAGCUCGUCAAGGUCGGGUUGGAUGAUAGCGGCAUGGGAAGAAUGCCCAAGACGGGACUUCCGGGGACCACACUACGACUUAAAGAAAAUAAUAAAGAUAGAAAGGGCAAGGUUAAAGGUCAUGAGCGCUCAUGUGCCAAUGAUGUUGAGUUUUCAACUCUUGGGAGGUUAUGA